AUGGACGUGGAACGCUUGAUGCAGGAUUUAUCCAUCGAACAGCUACAGCGUAUACAUUCGGAUCUCAGCGUAGAAAUGGAGGAGAAAAAGGAGGAGAUGCGACAGAUGGUUGGUCGUCGUUACCGGGAUGUGCUGGAUGCAUCGAGCUCGGUUCGUCGCGUCACAGAAAUCGCUGAUUCGCUGGCUCGAUCUGUUCACGAUGUUCGCAGUGCUGAAGUUGACUAUCGCCCACCGUUCAGUGCAGACCAACGAUCUCUUUCAAGUGCAAAGCUUUGUCGCAUAUCCGCACUCUUUCAUUUAUACUCAUUGAUAGGCGAAAGCGAUCCUCUCUCGGAUUCGUUUAUUUUGGUUUUGGUUGAAUCGCUUCACUGUUGCCUAUCUGCUGAAAUUGUCCAUUCGAGUCGACUUUCACGACUGGUACGGCAGAUGUCACCGAAACUGAUACGCAUGCGAUUGAAGCUCGAAGAAGAAUUUCUGAAUAAUCUAGGCAUGAUUUCGGGCCCCAGCGAUGUCUCAAAUCAGCUAGCUGCUAUUGUUAUCCUUAAAAAAUGCACAAGCAAAGAGCUUCUUGGCAUUUUCAUUGAACAGAAAACGGUUAGUGGUUUUUGCAUUGUAUUUUUAUCAGUAUUGAUAAAAAUGACGGCGCCUGUUGGAUGUGGCUUCAGUUAUCUUUGUAACUGA